AAUAUGCUCAAUCUGCAGAUAUUGAAGACUAUCUCGAUACAGUAGUCAAUACUCAGGAGGAUAUCUUGGAGGUAAUGUCUUUUUCAAAUGUAAUAAAAUUUAUGACUGAGGUUUUAUAUCGGUGUGAAGUUACUCAAAAAUUGUCAGCGUUUCGGACAUUUGAAGAAUUUCGUAUCUGCAUGAAAGCUAAAAAUAGGCGUUUGAAAGCUUUUUUUGAUGAACUUGUAUUAUCAACAAAUUUGUCACAAAAAAAGCAUGAACCGUAUCCUAAAAUUAUAUCCCAAUUGCUACUCGUUU